UAAUUUAUCUAUGAUUUAUGAUUAUAGUAUGAAUUUCAUUUAGAUUCUGUAUUAAUUUUUUCCGGAAACUAAAUAUCCAAAAUUUAUAUUCUACUUUAUAUAUUUGAGUAUACUUUUCCACCCACGAAAUGAAGUGAAUCAAUAUUCUCUCUUUAUCUCAAUUCUCUCACACACACAAUUAACGCUAACACGCGCAGGGAUACAGGAUUUCUCAUUCCAUCGGUUAACAGGUGGUAAUGGGCCAAUCACAGAGUGCUGCAACUUCAGAGGAUUCAAAAACCACAGCUUCCCCACCAAAAACAGAGAAUUCAGCACAGCCUUCACUUGAUUCUUUAAUUGCUGAAGCCGCUGCAUAUGGCGGCGAGGACAGCAGCCAAUCUCUUGAAGCACAAGCACAAAAGGCAUUAGAGUGCCCUUGCAUUGCUCACUUGCGAAGUGGGCCAUGCGGCGACCAAUUCUCCAGUGCUUUCGUUUGCUUCCUCAAGAGCACGGCUGAAGAGAAAGGGUCUGACUGCGUGCAUCCUUUUGUAGCUCUACAGAAAUGCAUAAAAGACAAUCCAGACGCGUUUUCUAAAGACGUGUUGGGGGAUGAAGAGGAGGUCAAGAAAGAGGAUGAACCAACCCCCAAAUACAGAGUCCGGCCUCCCCUUUGGUCUGGAAAGUCUAAAACUCCUACUCAGUAGCUUUGGGGAGAUGCCAUAUCUUCCUCUCUAGAAAUUGGCAAUUAGGAAAGGAUCAUCGAUCUUCUUGGAAGAGCUCCUCCUCGACCGCGACGGCUGAUGAAACGCACACGGCGGGAGAGGGAUGCGCAAGUCAUGAUAGGUAACCCUAGAGUUGUCGAGUGGGCACGGCGGAGGUGGAAGCUUCCGUGGUGGUUGUUGUUGUUGGUGGUGGUGAUGCGGUGGUGUAGCCUUGCGGAUGCCGGGCUCGUUCUCCCACGAGAAUGGGACGUUUCUUUGUGAGUGAACCUUGCUACUCAUCAUCAUAUAGUGAUAUUAAUAAUGCGACAAAAGAAUUGUUUUGAUUUAUAUACUAUAUUGGGUGUUUUAUCA